AUGGUUUUACAGAAAAUGAAGAGGGAAAGAGAAGAGCUUGAGAAGUUUUGGAAUGAGAACCCCAAGAAUCAACCAUAUUCCAAUCUCAUUCAUCUUCUUCAUCCUCCUCAUCAUCAUCACCUUGUGAGUGGUUCACCUGUUAGCAGAGCCUCUCUGCAAUCAGAGUUCUCUCCUUCAAGCUCUUUCUCAAAUGGGUUUUAUUCCUCUGAGGAUGGCUCUCCAUAUUCCACCCCAUUUGAGGAGGCCAAAUAUCAAACACCUUACAUGAAUGGAUUGUGGUUGGACUCUAAGCCUCCUGAUUCUCAUUUCAAUGAGAAGAUGGGGGAUGAUCUGGGUUUGGCUGAAAGUUUCUACAGUAUGCAUAUUGGGGAUGAACAGGAGGGUGGUGCUAAAAGGAUGGGAUUGAGAGAGGCCCAGAUGGCUCUUAAAUCCUCUGGGUUUGGAGUUAGAGGCAGGUUUGAUGGUACUAUUAAUGAGUCAGCAUUGCUUGGAUUGCAGAAAAGAUGUACUGUUGGUAAUUCAAUGGGGUCUUUUCUUAAUCAUAUGCAGCCCAAUGCUUUGUAUUCUGGCCCUAGUGGUGUAAAAAAUCAAAUGAGUUGUAUAUCAGGGCAAAGAAAAGAGGAACAGGGAGAUGGUUGGUAUCAGAGGAAACCAUCUCUUGCUAGGCCUUACCUUGAUGAAGAAUUUUUUUGCUUACAGCUACAUGGAACGGAUUGUAAUGGUGGAAAGGGCCUUAUGUAUCCAAUGGGUUCCCCUCAGUUGUCCUCAGUUGCUCGGUUGAAUGUGGACAAUCUUUCACAUAAUCAUUCAAUGAUAAAACAAAGGACUAAAGUAAACCCAAAUAGUGGGGUUCCUGAAUCUUUCAAGUCUCUGAAAUGUGCAAGGGAACUUGAGUGUUUUUGCUGUGAGGAUAGUUUCAUUAUACAAGGAAAACAUUUGAAUCAUACCAUCAGCAAGGGUAGCAAAUCUUCAAAGGGUUACAAGAAGAACUCUUGCAAUAAGGCAAUGCAGACAGAAGGAGAGAAAAGCUCUAGACUGGAUUCCACUUUAUGUAAUGGAGGAAUUAGUGGGAGUGAAUGGAGUCAGAGUAAUAAUAUCUCAAUGCGCUCACUACUAACUUUAGGUUCAUUGGCUGAGGUCCAGGGAUAUAUAUACGUCAUAGCAAAGGAUCAGUAUGGUUGUCGAUUCUUACAGAGGAUGCUUGAUGAUGGGACCUGUCAAGAUGUGCAAUUAAUAUUUGAUAAAAUAAUCAAUCAUGUUUUUGAACUGAUGACGAACCCGUUUGGCAAUUACCUUAUGCAGAAGUUGUUGGACGUGUGCAAUGAACAACAAAGAAUGCAAUUUGUACUCAAGGUGACCAAAGAACCAGGACAGCUUGUCAGAAUUUCCUUAGACACACAUGGCACUCGCGUGGUACAGAAGUUGAUUGAGACUGUUAGAACUGGGAAACAGAUCUCAUUAGUUAAAUCAUCCCUUGAAUGUGGUUUUCUUGAUCUUAUCAAGGAUCCAAAUGGUAAUCAUGUGGUACAACGUUGCUUGGACUGCUUUAGCAAUGAAGAUAAUAGGUUUAUUUUUGAUGCUGCUGCAAGAUUUUGUGUUGAGAUUGCAACUCAACGCCAUGGCUGUUGUGUACUACAAAAAUGCAUUGCACAUGCCAGAGGGAGACAUCGAGAUAAGCUGAUCAAUGAAAUUGCCAGGAAUGGGCUUCUCCUUUCCCAAGAUCCUUAUGGGAAUUAUGUUAUUCAAUAUGUCAUGGAGCUAAAGAUCCCAUCUGCAAUGGCCAAACUGAUUAAUCAAUUAAAAGGACACUUUGUACGCCUCUCAACACAGAAAUUUGUUGCAGACCCUUAUGCUAACUAUGUCGUUCAAUCUGCUCUUACAGUUACCAAGGGCCCUCUUCGUGCUUCUCUGGUUGAAGCAGUUAAGCCUCAUACAAUCUUACGAACCAGCCCAUACUGCAAGAGGAUUUUCUCACGGGAGCUCCUCAAGAAGUGA